AGGUUGUGAUCACCCACUUCCCGCCAGAGCACGGCAAGGAAGAUUGGAUCCGCCUCAGCGUGGAGUACGGCGUGGAUUUGUUCGCCACCGGCCACGUCCACCAGCAGCAGGUGUUCCACAUGGAGGAGGAGAAUUUUCUGCGACCCACUGCCUACAUCAUCUCAGGUGGUGGUGGUGGUAUCACCUCAGAGAGCGAGCCGAGUGCGGACGGCGACGACGACCAGUAUGGCUUCAUGGACCUCACCCUGUCAAAGCACGAGAUCCGGAUCGAGGCCAUCUCCCACGGAGGGCAAAUGCGCAGCCAAGUGUGCGUGCCACAGCGGCCGCGGCGAGGGCUGCCUUUUGAGCCGGCCGUUCACCCGUCUUUGUGCGACCCGACCACGACGACCACAUCGACCACAAGAACAACCAGCACCAGCACGUCGACCACAGCGCGGCCCACCUCCUCCGAGACCACGACAGCAGCAGCAGAGGCGACAGGCGCCGCAUCAACCACUACAAGCGGAACGACGACGGUAGAGGGCUCCCCCAGGGCACAUGCGAAUGUGGCCGACCCUCCAGACAGCGAGGAGGGCCCCAACGUGGAAGUCCGCAUGGUCAUGGGCAAUCUGAUCUUUACCGGCUUGACUGCGAGGCAGCCGCUGCUGGCCUUGGUGGAGGGCGCGCUCCGGUCUGCGAUAGCGGCCGCAGCCGGCCAUGGCACACGUGCCGAGUCGGUGAGGCUGCGGCUGCUACCAGGGUCUGUGGUGGUGCAGGCAGCCAUCGCCCCGCCGAGCGGCGUCGCUGGCAGAGCGCUGCGUGAGCACCUCGCCAGGGGCCUCGACGACUUGAGGAGCAGCGCCGCCGCGCUGGUGUCGGGGGUCAGCGGCAUCGAGGACGUGUGCGUCGGGAAGCUGUACGUCGAGGCCUUGUCCGUGCUCCCGGGGCGCAGCGGCGACGCCCCGCCGGACAUCGUGCUGCGGCUGCUGGACCUCGACAGGGGGUCCCCCAGCCCACAGUUCUGGCGCGGCGCUGUGGCGGCCGUCGCGGGGCUGGCCCUGGCGCUGGCCGCCACCACUGCUGCCCGCUGCGCCGUGCCAGGCGCGGGAGCCCCCAAGCCCGACCACUGCGGCACCUACACGGUGCUCGACGGGUCGCGCGCGCACUGCGAGGUCCACGCCGGCGGGGCGGACCGUGCCCAGCAGGACGCAGUCGCCCUGGCGGAGCGCCUCCGUGGCCAGGCGUCCACCGCCGGCGGCCGCGACCGCGCGGCGUGCUGGCUGCAGGCGCUCACGGACAGCCUGCGCGGCCACCCCGACAGCCCAGGCGUCCAGGAGCACGGGUGCGGCGCGCUGCAGAACAUCUGCCAGGGCGACGGCGACGCGGGGCAGGCCCGAAGGAGGCGGGCGGUGGCGGCAGGCGGCAUCGAGCUGGCGGCCGCGGCGCUGCGCGGCCACGGGGGCGGCGCGGUGCGGGAGCAGGCCGCCGCCGCGCUGGCGCAGAUCUGCGCCUCGCCGGGCCCAGAGGCCGCGCUGUGGAGGGCGCGGGCGGCGGGGGCCGGGGCCCUGGAGCUGCUCGUGGCGUCGCUGAGCACGCACCCGAAGGAGGAGGGGGUGCAGCGGCAGGCGUGCCGUGCACUGGGGAGCAUCUGCGUCGGGGCCGACGAGGCGGGCAUGGCGCGGAAGGAGCAGGCCGCGACGGCGGGCGCCCUCGGCGCCGUGGUCGCGGCGCUGAAGGACCACAGGCACAACCCAGAGGUCCAGGAGCAGGGCUGCGCCGCGCUGCGGAGCCUCUGCCUCGGCUCGAGCGCCGCGGGCGUGGCGCGGAAGGCCCAGGCGGCCGGGCUGGAGGCCCUGGAGGCGCUCGUGGUGGCGCUCCGCGCGCACCCGCUGCGCGCGGAGCUCCAGCAGCACGCCUGCGCCGCCCUCACCAACAUCUGCGCCGGGUCGGACGAGCGCGCCGCCGAGCGGCGCGGGCGCGCCGCGGAGGUGGGGGCCAUCGAGGCGGUGGUGGCGAGUCUGCAGGCGCACGCGGCCUGCGCGGGCGUCGCCGAGCACGGCUGCCUGGCCCUCGGCAGCAUCUGCGCGGGCGUGGACGGCGGGGCCCCGGCGCGCAGGC